ACAGGGAGGUGGCGGGCAGAAGUACGCUGCCAUCUCCAGAGGCCAGGCCAGAGGGACAGUCGGGCUGGGAGGGUCGGGUCAGAACCCAGCACAAUCAUGUCUCGGAGAAGAAACCGCUGGUCCUGGUCCUUCCACCGUCGUAGGCAGCACUCCCUCUCCCGCUCCACCAGAGCCGAGCUGCAGUUCCCCGUGAGCCGCCUGGACCGCCUCCUGAGACUGGGUCCCAAUGCCCAGCGCCUGAGCUCUUCCACCCCCAUCUUCCUGGCCGGCAUCCUCGAGUACCUGACGGCCCACAUCCUGGACCUGGCGGGCGUGGAGGCCCGCAGCAGCCACGAUGUGCGCAUCACCCCCGAGCACGUGCAGAGGGCGCUGGACAACCACGAGUACCUCAGCCGCCUCUUCCAGCCGGGUGCCUUCCCUCGGGUCUCCGCGAUGCCCGUGCCCGAGGACAGGUUGUGAUGCCCACGUCCCAGGGCCCAGCCAGGCCUCAGUAGCAGCCUCAACUCACCUCCAAACUACCCACAGAUGAGGGAGGCCUGAA